UUGUGAACAGGAAGGAGGUGGACGUGUUUUCCGCAGACCGGGGAAAGUUGUUUCCUGAACUUCAUACUGAGCUGAUGGCUUCCACACCAAACCCUCUCCUUCCUAAAAAAAUGUCCAAAAAGGAUUUUUGGAUCUCUAAAUAGUCGUUUUUUGUAGAUAUUUCCCCCUCACUGAUGCCCUGCCUGCUGAGAAGAUGAGCUCGGAGAAGGAAGACCCAGUGGGCAGCCUGCAGGCCCAGCUAGCCGAGUGCCGAGCUCAGGCUGAGCACUGGCAGGGCGUGGCAACAAUCUGUGAGCUGAGCAAACAGGAGGAACUGGCAGAGCUGCAGAAACAAUGUGAUGAAGAAAUCCAGUCUCUGCAGGAGGCUCUCAGAGCAACUGUAGCCCAGUAUGAAGCCAGGAUAGCUGUGCUGCAGUCCCAGCCUGUGGACUGGAGGAGAACCAGUGGACACAACACGACCGGUAGCAAAAAGGGCAGGGCCGAAUCCGACGUAUCCGUCAAUGAAUCCCUGACAUCGGUUGGCAAUAGCUUGAAGGAGGACGAAGCGGCUUCGCCGCCGGACCAAACGCGGAGUGGACCGCUAGAACCUGAGGCAGCGGCAGAGGACGGGUCGCCCCUUUCAGCUGAAGGUUAUUAUUCCUUACAGAACUGUGACUCUGCCUCGCUGUCCUCAUUCUCCUUGGACACGCCAUCUCUGCCCAGAAAACUACUCACUCAGGAAGACACAGAAUCACUGGUUUCCACGGGAACACUAGUUCCUGAAGCCAUCUACCUACCCCCUGCGGGACACCGCCUAGUAACUCACAGUGACUGGGAUGCCCUCAAUGCGCAGUUGUCAGAUCUGCGAGGGGAAGUGAGCCGACUGCAGGCGGAGAAGGAGGAGCUGGAGAGAGAACUGGAUACCCAGACCCACCACACCCAUAAACAGGUCUCAUUGCUCCAGUCUCAAGUCCAGACCUCAGAGACUCUCCUUCAAGAUUUGCAGAAAUCUUUCAGCCAAUCACAGAAUGCGGUUCAGAGCCGGCUGGCGGAGUUGUCUCUGUCUCAGCGGAAAAUGUGCUGUGAGCUGUCCAGACUGAAAGGAGAAGACAUCGAUGAGCGUUUAUUGGACCCCAGAUCAUCGAUCUCAGACACGCAGCAGGGGGCGCACUGUGAGGAGCGACUUCGCAUCGAGAUAGUCAAUCUGAGGGAGCAGUUGGACAGUCGGGCGGAGGAGAACGAUGUUUUAGAGGUGCAGCUUUCCACUUUGAGGACAGAGACAGAGAAGAUCCAGGCUCAGAGGGACCAGCAGCAGGCUGAGCUGUUUACCUGCCGCAAAGAGCUGGAAGCCCAGCGGGUGGCGCUCACUCAUUUGCAGAACACCAACAAAGCCCUCACCAGUGAUAAAGCCCUCCUCCACCAACAGUGUCUGGAACUUCGUAGCCAAGUGAUCAGCCUUCGCUCUCAGGUGGACACCAGCCAGGCUGUGCAGAGGGACUUCGUCGAGCUCUCCCAGUCGCUUCAGGUUAAACUGGAGCUGAUCCGGCAGGCGGAGACUCUGGAACAAGUCAAAGAAAUCCUCGGGGAGAGUGUGGGAGAAGCUGGCGCUCAGCCUGCUGAAGUCUCAUGAACGUUAGAAAAAGAUGUGAAAAAAACCAAAGACCAGCAUCAAACAUAUCGCCUGGACCAAGAAGGUCCACACGCUGGACAGACACCCCAAGAAAACUCUGCACUAUUUCCCCCUUUUUCUAUUACGACACUGGAGCGUGUCUGUUUUCGCUAGCUAUGCUUCGAUGUCAGUAAAUCAAACGGUUUCUUAGUCAUUGAGAGCCAUGUUUUAAAUGACUUCCUGUAACAUUCCUUCCUGUAAAAAUGCAAAUCUGAAUUUAAUUUGUUUAUAAAACUAACAACUCUAGCAAAAACACUCAUCAGUGCAGGUAAAAAUGCGUCUGUAAGCCAUAUUAUCUGUGAUGAAGGACCUCUUUACAGCACAGUGCAAUAAGAGUUCAUGAAGCAAUGCAAACGAGAGGGUUUUUUAAUGUAUGUUAUUAUAUGUAAUAAUGAGUCUACCAUUUGUCAGCUAUCAGGCAUAAAUCUACAGUCCAUGUCUUAACUGCCCAUACCAGCCUUUAAAUUGACACGUAUGACUGGAUUAGGCAAUAAAAGUGGUAUUAGUAGAGAUAUAAAAGUUUAA